UUGAAACGUCUGUUUUGUUUUUAACUAAAUAUAGACCGAGUUCAGUUCAGGACAGAUGUAAAACAUCUAUUUUAGUUCUCAUCUUAAAAUUUCCUUUAUACAUACCAAAAAAAACUCUAAAAAAAUCUACACACUGUUGGAUUCGAACUCGCGCAUCUCGACAUGGUAGAUCUACGCUCUAGCCAGUGGGCCAUUUAGAAAAUGACCUUUGUGACAAGAUUAUCAACUACGCGGGCAAAUUAAGUGAAAAGAUAGAGAAAACAAAUCUUCUUAGAAAUUACAGGAAAAGUAGAGCGAUAUCUCUGAUAUUUAUAGAUUUAACAAAAAAAAUGUUUUGUCCCUAUUGGUCUUAAAACCUUGUAUCUUUUUUAGAUAACUUUUCUUUAUAAGAAAACAAGUCUUUCCCAUAUAAACAGUAACUAAAGUACUUUUUUAACAUCUUUUCAGUAAAUGCUACUCUUUUAGGUACGAACAAAAAACCUUUUAUGGUGCAUAAUGAAAAAAAUCCGAUAAAAAUAGACAAACACGUUUAAUUACUUGUUCCUCACUUAUUAUCAAGUAAUUUUAAUAAUAAUGCAGUUUAAAUGUUUGUAUUUCAGGUUGAUAUAGUUGCCUUAUAAUUACUUUACUGCAACUGGUUCAUCGUCACCGGAAACGGAACAUAGAAAUGCAAAUUUACACAUGCAGACAGAUAAAGUUACUACCUAUCCAAAUAAAUACAUUCAACUAACGUUUAAUUUAUUGUUUGUUUGUUAUUUGUUUAUGCGUGAAAAUGCGUUAGAGUGUUAUUGCGAUUAUAAGAGACUGUGUGCCCCAAUUUAUCUCAAGAUAAAAUUAAUUUUUGGGUGCAUACUAAACCGAAAAUAAGAUGAUAUACUAAUUUUAAUUAGUGAGCAUAUAAAUAAAAGGGUCUGUCGAUACUUUUUUGUUUAUUUCGAGUACCUGCCCGGUCACUUAACUUUUCCAGUAUGUCACUGCGUUAUUUUUUUAUUCUAAUUGUUGCUCGUUACUCAUCAGUUUUUUGUUUUCCGACGAGUGAGACAGAGCCGGACUACAGCAGUGGCAAUGAUUUGUCUUAUUUGGGCUCGUCGGUGUUCGGCAAGCCCAGCGAGAAAACCGGCGAAAAAGUUGAGAAUUGGGAUGCCAAAACCGGAAUCAACCCGGAAGAACUGGGCGAAUACGCAGAGGGUGACAUUCUAUUUCCGGAUACAAAAACAAAAAAUGGUUUAAUGGCAGCGACCUAUAGGUGGCCCGAUGGUGUCAUUCCAUUCGAAAUAAGGGGAUCGUUUACUAAACAAGAGAGGCAAUUUAUAAUUUCUGCCAUGAACAUGUACCACAAAUACACUUGUAUACGAUUUCGGUAUCGAAAUUCGUCUGAUAUCGACUACAUUUCGAUCGACAACGGAAGAUCUGGAUGCUGGUCGAGUGUAGGGAGAGUGGGAGGUAGACAGACCGUAAAUUUACAGAGUCCAGGGUGUCUGAUAAAAAUUGGGACUGUAAUUCACGAGCUUUUACAUGCCGUAGGAUUUCAACACGAACAGAACCGAUGGGAAAGAGACUCAUACGUAGACAUAAAAUGGAAUAAUAUUGAAGAAUCAAGAUGGAAUAAUUUCGUGAAAAUGGAUAAGCAAUUGGCAUUCGGGUAUGGAAUUCCUUACGAUUAUAAUUCGGUCAUGCAUUAUUCUCGAAAAGCGUUUUCGAAAAAUGGCCUGGAUACAAUAAUACCGUUGGUCAAAGGUUCAAAUAUUGGUCAACGCGAAGGCUUCAGCAAAAGUGACAUAGAAAAGGUUAAAACAAUGUACACGUGCAAAAAGAUUGAUAGAACUGACGGUGGAGAACUGCUAAUUGACGAAACCAAUGAGGUCGACAACAGUGGCGGUCCUUUAGGCGCUUUGAGUUCCAUAGUGUCUUGGUUUCUACCCCAAGACAGAACAACUACGGAAACAACGACAAAAAACGCCUGAAUCAAGCAUUAUUUUACAAACAAAUAUUACAUAUUUCUGUAAAAUUAACUGUUAAUUAACUAAUUUAUGCGUUAUAAUAAAUCGUAAGUUCUUUAAAAAUUAAUUUUGUUUUAAUUUCAUCACGUUUUCUAGAGUUAAUGCAUCGUAACAAUAUUAAGGCCAAUUUUUGGGGCACAAAUUUAAUCAAAUCAUCAAAGGUGUCAUUUUAUUUUCAUUUGGGAGGAGACCAAUGAUUUUACUCAAUACAUCAUCGAUGUUUUUAAUUUUUCAUUUAUGAGAAAAUUCGUUUUCUCCGUGUUUUCAAGUAUAAAGCAAUAAACUUAAAUUGUCUGCGUAAUGUGAUAUCACUAGAAUCCUCUUUUCAAAAUGGUCUAAUGGCUAGCGUGCAAGUUUACCACGUCAGGUUGCCCGAGUUCUAAUCCUGCAACGUGCACAGUCCUUUUUUAGUUUUUUCUUGUUGUAUGGUUUGUAUAGUGGAACUCGGUCGCUCAUAUAAAAUAAAUCAGGCAAAUCGUAUAAUUUAUUGUACCUACUUAUACUGUAAGCAAUAUCAUUCAACCCGGUAUCCUGUAAGUACUUAAAAUACAAAAAAAGAGUUUAUUAACAGAAGAAAGUUAUUUUGAAAUCACAUAAA